AUGAAAGCUACUACUCCUCCUCCUUACACAGCAAUGGCAAUGCAAAUGCAAAGCUUUUCUUCAUCCGCAUUAUUGGCGGAGCCAGACCUCUCCUUAAACAUUAGCCCUCCUUUCCUUUCUGCCAAAGGAACAUUCAAAGAUAUGUGCUCCUCAAUCUCUGAUUCAGGUAGUAGUGGAAGCGAUGCAAGCCAUGAUAAUAAUAAUAAUAAUAAUUGCUUCUUUCACCACACCCACACUGUUCCACAACCGACAUUGACAUUAGGGUCUGGACCUGCAUCAAACUUGAAUCAUCAUCAUCAUUAUCAUCAUCUCCAUCAGUAUCAAAUGCAAGGGCUCUCAAGAAACUACUUCAAUCAUCAUCCUCACCAACCUCAAAUCCAUUGCCGCUCCGAUUUCAAACGAAAUGGUGGCGGGAGAAGAAGCAUGAGAGCUCCCAGAAUGAGAUGGACUACCACACUCCAUGCUCAUUUUGUUCAUGCUGUUCAGCUUCUUGGCGGUCAUGAAAGGGCAACUCCGAAGUCAGUGUUAGAGUUAAUGAAUGUUAAGGAUCUAACUCUAGCUCACGUCAAGAGUCACUUGCAGAUGUAUAGAACAGUGAAGAGCACUGACAAAGUCCCAGGUAAUAAUAAUAAUAAUAAUAAUCUUGGAGAUGUCGAUGAUUCCCUCUCAUUUUUCAUCUCUUUCUAUCUGUUGCUAUUAUAUAUUAUUCUCUUUGUUUCAACACUUUAG